AUGCGAGGUGGAUCUGCCGCCGACGUCUAUGUCAUUCCCGUGCCGCGCAUCUUGACCUUCAAUGCCGCCAUGCUGCUCUCCGCCGGGUUCUGCAUACCUGCGAUACUGUCUCUGAUUUUCACGUGGGAUAAAAUCCUCGAGAUCAACUGGAAGCGACGACGUCACGUGGAGCCGCUAGACACUCGGAUCGAGGGGGCCAACAUGACAGUUGGGGAGAUGAAAGGCAUCAACAACGUAGUGAGAAAGUUUUUGAGCGUCAUAGAGAUUCCCUUAUUCGGCGGGGUGAUUAUCACAAUCAUUGGGGUUGGCGAAGCAAACUUCUUCAGCCCUCAGGUGCGACAUAUGACAGAGCCUAUGGCUUCGAUUGGCUCUCUAUACAUCCUGUGGUCGACUGGUGGCGAUGAGGCUCUCCAAGAGAAGCCCGGGCAUCAUUAUGAGAACUCUGGCUCAUCGCGCCCCAGUCGUAGUAGUGAGCGACGACCAUCUCCGCGAUCUCCAUCCUCCGUCGACUGCAACCCCAAACGUAUCUCAGAGACAGGCCUAGGCAUACGUUCAGAGUCGCCUAUUGCUAUGGAAUUGAUCCCGACCAUCACGCACCCCGGCUCCGAGCAUCCUCACCCCAGUCCUUCCUCUCAUGAUGGUCAGCAAGACAACAACCAAACCGAUCAGCCGACAGCUGGCAGAAACGUUGUGCGUAAGUGGCUGACGUCUGCUGGCAAUUACCUGGGCGACGCAGCACAUGAGAAGCUCGAUACAGAGCAUGUCAGCAACGACGAAGACACUCAUAAAUUCCCCGAGGUUCCUGGCGAAAUUCUUCGGAACCCCGAUCUAGAGCGGAUCAGUCGCACGUACAGCAAGCUCCGCGAAGAAAGAGAAAAUAGCGUAUAUGCGGCAAGCAUUGCAUCUACGUCAGGUAUCGAGGGCAGUACAUCCCCGCCGCCUAUACAAGAUUCGCCGCGUCCCGAAAUAAGCCCUGUUCGAAAACCGGUACGAAGGGAUACGCUAGAAGUACCAAAGGAAGUGCACCGUAGAAGCGAGAGCCAUUGA